AUGCGACUCCUAACACCCACGCCGAGCGCAGGUCUCCGAGAAAGCAGCCGCCUAAGGGACUCGAGAGACCCUACGACUCCAGACUUCAACCUCAAACGCAGCUCAUGCAAGCGGACCCCACCGUUCCAGGGAGGCUCGCCCUGCGGCUGCGGCCAGGCCCUGCGGGCCUCCCGGGAUCACGGCCCCGGGGCGGUACGGAAUGCCGGCAGGAGGCGCCAAGCAGGCAACGCCUCGGGGCCGGAGCCGGAAGAAGCGACUCCGGCCGCCGCCGCCACCGGCACAGGAGCGGUGGGGGAAAGGCCGUCCAGGCGCUCGCUCCCAGCUCGCCCCGGGGCCCCGCGGCGCCUGCGCACUGCGGCUCCCCGGGGCCGGUCACACCCUCGCGCCUGCGCCGUCGCGUGUCUGGGGGGGGCUGUGGCGGCCAUGCUGAACCCACCGGGGAGAGGGGGGCGGUUGGCGGGGCUGCGGCGGCGGCCUGAGCCUCGGAACGCGGGCCCAGGACCGCGCGGCCCCGGCCGUCCCGCACACCGCCCCCGGGGAACGUUCGGGAGCCUCGCCCUCGAGGCCGCGGGGACGGGCGGAGGGGGCGGGACACGUGACCAGGGACAGCCAAUCCGAGCGCUGCUGACGUGGCGGCUGCGCGGCCCCGACGCUCCCCACCCCCGGCGGCCCGGGGAGGGAGGGGCCGGGGGCGACGCCCCCUCCCCCAACGCCGCCUCGGCUUCCGGGGGGGUUGACACCCCGGAUCCCGCGCUCCCCCCGGCCGGGACGACGAGGGCGACUUUGAGCGGCCCCCCCCCGCCCCCGCCCCCGCGGCUCCGGGAUCCAGGUUCUCCUCCCGGCCGGGAGCGGCCCGCCCCGCCCGCCGCCGCCCACGGAGGACGUGGAAUGGCGGCUUGCACGGGUAGCCGGUGUCUGCAGGCCCGGGAGGACUCCGCGGGACCCGGAGAGACGGCGCCUGCAGUCCGCCCGGCCUCCACGCCACGGCGCGGCCCAUCGGCACGACAUGGCGGGCCGCCCCGGCUCUAUGCGGCACUCUCCUGCCGGGUGACGGGCGCCCCGGACUUGGAGUGUGUGACGUCAUCCCGCAAGCGGACCAAUGGAGAAAGCUCCCGCGAAGAGGCGGUCCUGCCCCCCAGCCUUGGCUGCCGCACGCGCGUGAGCGAGCGAGGACGCGCAGAGGGGGCGGGGGCAGCCGCGAGCCCGGUGGCGCGCAUGAGCGGCGAGGCUCCGCCCCCACGGCUAUAUAUAAAGCGCUGGCGCGGGGCUCGGCGGCGCCAUUUCGCGCUGGAGUGGAGCAGCCUCUAGGACGAGCGGGAGGAGUCUGUCCGCCGACCCAGAGCCUCCGCGGGCCGCCAGUGCAAUCCGCGUCCAUCCGCUCGGAAAUGGCCUCCGUGUCCGCCCGCGGCCGCUCCCGGCGGACAGUGCAGACCCCGUA